ACGCGGUAUUGGUAGUAUUUCAUUAUAGGCUGUCAUUCUUAAAAAUGCAGCAGCCAAGCAUGUGAAAAAUCCCAACUAUUGCAUCAUACAAACUUACUAGCUUAUACUUUAUACUUUCUUUUUUAAAGAAAGAACAUAUUGAUGCACCAAAGCAUAUUGAUGCACCAAAGCUUUGCGCUUAUUGUACACCAUCUUACUUUGCAUUUCUAUAAGAAACUAUUUUUCAUAACUUUAACCUGUGACAUUCAGGUCACAUGGCAACAACUCCAAGGCUUUUCUUCGAUUAGUUUCAUUAUUUAAUAAAAAGAUAAUGCAAAUGACAUUUCAAUAUUCCCCACAAUUGCUCCAUUUCCAACCCCACAAGUAAUCUUACAACUCCCAAAUCCAUAAUCUUUAUAUUAUUAUAAAUAUAUAGUACUCACAAAGUUCUUAAUUUAUCCAUCCAACAAAAAGUGCCAAACCCAAAGUCUUAAAACAAGCAAAUAUCAAUACAACCACAAAGCUAAAACAAGCAAAAGCAAAAGGCGAACCAAGUUAAAGUUAUUGUCCAAAAGAGCUUCCUUUUAGCCUAAAUCAAUGGCAGAUGAUGGGGAAAACUUGACCCCAUUUUGGCUACAAAACACCACCGAUCUCCGCCGUACCGAGCGGCUACGCCACCGGUUAUCUUCUCUCUUCUUUAACGCCCUACUCUUGCUAAUAAUUCUGCUUGUAGUAGUGGCUUUCAUCUUAGUUGUUAUAGUUCCUUCGACUCUUUCUGUAUUUAAGCCAAGCAAUGUAAAGAAAAGCUGGGAUUCUUUUAAUGUUGUGCUGGUUCUGGUUGCUGUGAUCUUCGGUUUUCUCAGCAGAAACAACAAUGAAGAUAGAAAUCGUAAUGAGUACCAUCAAGUUAACAGACAUCUCGAUGAAGUUCAGAAAUCGAAUCCAUCAACACCGAAUACUCGAUGGUUUAGUGAACUUCGAAAUCAAAAUCCAACCACACCACGAACAUGGUUCGAUAAUGUAGACAGGAAUUCCUUUAACAACAAUACUGGUGGUGGUGGCUUGAGGAGGAGUUUCAGUUCGUAUCCUGAUUUGUCUCAAUUGUCGCCGCGGUGGAUCCAGGCGGAAGAUCAUUGGCGAUUCUAUGACGAUUCUCAUAUUGAUACUCAUCGAUUUUCAGAUCCUGCUCAGCUUAAUCGCCGCCGUCGUAGUUGGAGAGAAUUUGAUCGUUCUCCUGAACCUGAAAUCAAAACUAUUUAUGAAAAUCGUUUAGAAUCCAAUAAGGUGUCGACGUUCAGUCCACCAGCUUCAAUUCCGUUGCUGUCACCACCAUCUCCACCAGAGGAGAAAGUGAAAAGAGCAUCUCAUAGUACUGUUCCGCGUAAAAAGGAGAGAACAAGCAAGAAGAGGGAAACUCAUGAGCGUGAAGCAGAUAAAGUUCUUAUAGCACCUGCGACGCUUCCUCCACCACCACCGCCGCCACCGCCAUUGCCACGAUACGUGGAGCCGAGGAGCAGUAAAAGUGAUCGGAAAAGAGGAGGUACAAGUGCUACAAAGGAGUUUAUUAACUCUCUGUAUCACAAAAAGAAGAGAAAAAACAGAUCAAAAAGUGUUGACAAUUUUGAUGCUCUCCUUCAUAAAUCCCAACCUCCUCCUCUGUGUCACGAAUGGCCGGCAUCAUCCACUCCACCACCUCCACCACCACCACCUCCUUCUCUGUUUCAAAACUUAUUCACAUCCAAAAAAGCCAGAAGAAAGCGAAAUGCUCCUCCUCCACCACCUCCUCCUCCGCCUGCUAAGGCGAUACCAGUAAGAAUAUCAAGACCAAAUACGCAAAACAACCCGUUCAUCAGAACUCCAGCACCAAAGCCAAUGAAAAUAAGAAGCUUCGACAGUGUCGAAGAAACCUCAAACAGCGGAGGAGAAUCGCCAUUGAUACCAAUUCCGCCACCACCUCCACCACCACCAUUCUUCAGAAAACACGCAUGGAAAUUCGUAGUACAAGGCGACUACGUGAGAAUAGACAGUACAGUCAGCUCACGUUCUGGAUCACCUGAACUUGAAGAUAUAGAUUCAGCUGAUAACACCCCGACAGCGGAAUACAUCGGUGCCGGUGAACAGACGGCGUUUGCACCAACGCCAUUGUUCUGUCCAAGCCCAGAUGUUAACACAAAAGCUGAAAACUUCAUAACAAAAUUUAGAGCUGGAUUAAAGCAAGAGAAAAUCAACUCCUUCAAGAAAAAUGAUCUAGGCCGAAGCUUAUCUAACCUAGGCCCCGGAGUAGGCCAAAGUUAGAUAAAAAUAACAGCCUAACGGCCUGAUGCUCUAAAGCUCUCGCUAUGCAUGGAGGCUUUGACUAUGCAUGUGAUUCGAGGAAGGGCGAAUAAGAGUCAGAUAUAUAAAUAAUCUAUUUUCUUUUUCAUUUUUUUUACCGCAUUGAUUGAUUUGUUAAAGGUUUUCAUUUUUACACUUUUUGACAUGAUUGAGAUUUGAGGUUGUUUUUUCAAGUUGUUUCAUACAGUUUCAUCAGUGUACAGAAAAAAAAAAGAUUUAGAGUUCAGCAUUGGUUAAUUAGAAGUUGGAAAGAAUAUUUGUUAAAUUUUGUAUUUGCGGGGUUUGUUGUUGUAUUAGGUAAAUUGGUCAUGUAGUUGACUAGCAUGAAGUUAUGCAAGAAAUGUGUGAUUUUGAAUAAUCCAUCUAUGAUGAUUAUGUCUUGAUAAGAGGAAAUAAUAUUCCAUCUUGGAUCCUACUGAUUGUGGA